AUGCUUGAGGUUUAUGCUAUCACAUCCGCGGGCAGGUUCUCGUUUCGUCCGAACCUCGAAGUGGAGCAAAUCGUGCCGUACACGUCUCCAGGUUUCGAGAUUAUAUGGAGGUGCGAGACUUACAGCAUUGGAUUCGAAGAGGCUAGUGAAAGUCUGAGACAGCUCUACAGAGCAGACCCGCAAGGUUUCAGACGCCAUGUGAAUCCAGGUGGGAAAUCUUAUAUCGAGGAGGUUCUGAGGUACCCGUGGGCGAUGGGAACACACCAGACUCAAUGGAAACUACUAAGACUCUUCAUGCAAGAAUUUGGAAUGGAGAAGGGGACUGACAGUGCAGCAUUUCUUGUGCGAUGCGCGAAGUGGAUUGGCGAAGGCCCCCACUUGGACUUGUUAGAAAUUCUUCUCGAUCUGGGUUACGACAUCUCUGGAGUUGUUGGGGAUUUCCAAGACUGGCCGGCACUAUCAUCACCAAACUGGAUUUCAGAAGGACAUGUUCCUGACCCAUUCUUCAUCGAAUACUUCCAAAUUGUGUGCGAAUACAACCAAGGAUUCGCUGGAAUGACACCCCUCCAUGAAGCUGUUCUACUUGGGUCGACGCAAACAGUAGCCAAGUGGAUCUCUAAGUCCAAAAAAGAUGAGAAGAAUAGCCUCGGGCAGACACCCCUUCACCUGGCUGUUUUGGACCCUCACACCUUGAAAGCACUCAUCAAGUCGGGACAUGACGUCAACAUGACUGACAUCCAUGGCAUCACACCUCUAAUGUACGCUGCUGCGGAAAAUCAAGAAGAGUCCGUCGCCCUGCUUAUUGAAGCAGGAGCCGACAUCGAAGCAGUCGACACCGAGUAUCGCAAUUUCCUACACUUCGCCGCCGUCCGUCAUCAUUGGAUGCUGAUCUUCAAAUUCCUUGUUCGACUGGAGGACGUCGCCGAUACAAGAAUUAUCGAGAGUUGGGCGGCAGACGCAGUCUUAUUGUACCAUGUUUCGUACCCUAACAAGUAUGAAAAACGCGAAAUUUCUCUUCAUCAACUCUUGAUGAAGUGUAGUACGGCCAACUUCACUUUCGAUGAUACGACUUCAGGAACUAAAAAUAAUUGUCUCCUACAUUAUGACACCAGCGUCACUGAUCUCGAAACUUUACUGCAGAAUGGUUUUAAGCUAUUCAAUCACAUGAACAGCAUGGGCCAAACUCCUCUGAUGAUCGCCGCUAAGUUCAGUAAACCUGACUUGGUCAAAAAGCUGGCUGAAGUUGGAGCUGACAUCAACCUCAAAGAUCUACAUCAUCGAACGGCACUACACUUCGCUCUUGUUCAGGUGCAAAACAGCAAAAGGCACGGCUUCUGGACCGCUAUGGAGACUGUGCGAAUACUACUAGCCCACGACGCGAGUGUCUUCACCAAAGAUGGCUGCAGAUGCCCCUGCUCAUCUCCUGGCCGACUCUCGGCUGUUGACUUGCUGAGUUCUUCCAGCUUUUGGUGGCAAAGAACCUGGGGCAAAUCUCCAAUCGCGGCAAUGGAGCUUUUAUGUCUCGUAUUGGAAUACAGAGGAGUGCAAGAAGGCAAAGACUUGCUGCUCUCUUUCCUUCGGUGGGAGCAGCAUGAGGAGCUUGGAAUGUCCCAUCUUUGCUUCCAGCGUCAUCCAGCGGAUGGCCACUAUGGCUUCAUUGAUUCAUCUCGACCACUCCAUCUACAGGAUGAAGAAAUCGACGCUAUACUCGACGAAGAAUCAGAAUUCCUUGACAUUCUGGAAAAUGAAAUGGAAGAUCUAAGUGCCAAAGACUUUGAGCACUUGCUCAACGACUGGUUCAAUCAGAUGAAGAGCAGACUUGACAGACUGGUUGAGCAGGAAAGCAGAUCAGACAAGAAAUGUGUGAAAGGGAAGGAGGAAGCCAAGCAUGGCCACCAAGUAGAUUACAAACGCGAUUGCUUCUACCACAUCACUGUGGUAGCCGCAGAUUGGCCGGACCCUACAAGCGCAUUCAGAGAUGCUUUGGCUAUAUACAUCGCUUGGAUCGAGCACGAAUACAAUCAUGGAGCCACUGCACGCUUGAUUGGACCAUUUCACAAGGAUUGGUACUCUACUAGGACUUCAAUGGUUCACAAGUUUAUCGAAGUCUUCGGCAUACCGAGAGCAGAGAUUGCAUACGCGUUGAGACGCUCGGACGUAAUUAUUGAGGAAGAAAGGUAUGGGCAUGUCGAUAUUGAGCUGAUCAUAGAACACUUUCUUCGGUCUGCUUCAAAGUCCUAA